AUGACGGGUUCAGUAGAGAUGGAAGACUCCCUUCGUCCAACUGAUGACACAUUCAUGGCUUUUUACGAGCGCGGGUACCGUGUUUGGUACACGCUAUGGAAAGGAGCAGCAGCGGCCGAUUGCUCCCUCUCACCGAUGUGUCUGCGCAUGGAUCGGCCCCUGUUUCUCCAGCGCCCCGUUUUCCCUGUCGGCGUAGACGCGGACGAACUCGGCAUCGUGACGGCAAAGUCCAGUUGGAUCUCCGCCGGGGAUUGUGACCUGGCGCCAUUCGAGCAGACGUUCCAGGUCUCAGCAGCCGUCAAUAUGAUUGGAAGGGCCUCGCCGAUGGAAUACACCACCAGCCAGGCGCCGUGGGCUGCAGCCAACCCAGAAACGCACGGCGAAACGACCGAUGAUCCCAAACCACAUAUGACGGUUGAGCUGGGGAGCAGCCUGACUAGCGAUGCGGCUCGCGUUACGCGAGAAUCCAACAACAAUACGACCAUCAUCCUGACUGGAACUCAACCUCUUGAGGCGACUCACUUGUCUCCGCCGCCAGCGACGUUCGAAGCGGCGCUGCAGUACAUCGACGAUUACUCCAUACUUCACAGGGCCGACAUACAGAGCCACGCCGCCCUUGCUGCCGCCCUACACCUCCCCCUUGCCAACUUCGAGCGUAGAACGGUUCUGCUCCACGUACCUCGAAGAGCCUGCGUUCGUCGCCGGGCAGGCAAGGCAGCACCGGAAGGCUCCGGCGACUCCAACGACCCCCUCGCCGACGACUCGACAAGCCCAUCAGCCGUCCGCUUGAACCCAUGUCGAGAGAGCGACUCCCACGACCCCUCCCGCCUCCGGCGCCGGCUGGACAGACUCUUGACCUUGAGCGCCAACGCUACAGGCAUGAAGGCCAUGCUGGGGAGCGUUUUUCACGAGCCCGGCAUACCAGCCAACGCCUGCGGGGCAUGGCUACAGGGCACCAUGGCCGUCUUGAGAUCGAAAGACGCGGCGGACAACCUGACUAUCCUGGGUCGCAUGCUCUUUGACCGCAGCCCCCACAUCUCAUAUCUCUGGCUGGGAGGCAUCAUUACGGGAGCUCACAAGGCUUUCCUUCGAAACACCCACGGCCUCCUCGGCCUGAACAGAAUCGACCUUCACGAGGCGGCAUGGACCGGCACUCUCCACUCCUUUUUCCAAGAGCCGACGGUCCCUCUCAAACCCGACUCGAGCUCCAUCACGCAAGCCGACGAGUGCCGGCUGAUGCUCCUGGCCCAAGAACCGCCUAGAGAAAAUCCGCCCAUGUAUCCCUACCCGCCCCUAGGGGAUACGGCUAUCCAGGAUACCGACCUGAGCGUCCAGCUUCAUGCAAACUGGGCCUCGCAUUCGAUGACGGGCGGGUUGCAGAAGACGUUCCUGUCAAGAUCGACCUGUUUGGACCGAGAAGCGGACCUGUCCGAGGGCGUUACAAGGAGCCUUUUCACGUGGAUGCGAUAUAUGGAUGGAUUCUCUGUUGCGGAGCUAGACAUUUUGCGGCACGAAUGGAUCGAUGCGUUCGAUUCGUCUGAUGACGACGAAGCCGUCUGUCCCGAGGGUGAUGGGUUCUCUCUGGAUGGUCUCGGUAAUGGUAGUUGGAGUCAAGUGGGAUGUUGGCUGGCACGUGUGAUGACCACGAGACGGCGUGACUCGGUCUAG